UAUAACGUUGUCAUGCCAUAUCCUUCCUUCAGAAAGAGCCAAAAAAAAUUGUUGAACAAAUAUCUCUCCAGAACUAAUCAAACAUUAAUUAGCGAAAUCUUCACAUCGAAACUCGCCAGAGACAAUGGACAGUCAUCAAGAUUUCAAAUCGAUGUACGCAAAGCUUGUAGAUAGCCUCAACUGUGCUAUCUGCCAAGAUGUUCUUAAAGACGCCAGGGAUCUAGAAUGUGGCCAUACAUUUUGCAUGGCAUGUCUAGGAGAGCUUGUAGCUAUAGAAGGUUGGACAUCUAACAUCCAAUGUUGUCUCUGCCAGAGGAAGACGAGUAUCCGUUCCGGCGGUGUAAACGGUCUGAAACAGAACUACAAACUCAACUGUAUCCUGGACGAACAGGCGUCCAUCUUGAAGAAAAUGGAAGCUUCGGACGUAGCCGUUGCUGCAACACCGGGACAGCAAGAUUCACCGGAAGCACCACUGCAGAUCUGGGUGCGUGACCUCGAAGGCAAGUCGCAGUCCUUUCUAGUUCGUACGUCGGACACGGCAGACGCCUUCAAGCGACAGGUCGAGAAAAAGAUUGGCAUUCCACCCAAUGUUCAGCGUUUGCUUUUCCAGAGCAAGCAGCUAGAGGGCUCGACCACUUUGGAUGAGUACGGCAUAGGCCUACAUUCCACAAUUGAGCUUGCCCUACCUCUUAAAGGGGGAAAAGUGAUCCUAGCAAUUCAUAGAUUACCGAAUAGUGUUUCGUAG